AGAAAAAUCAAACGACAAGAUUAAACUAAACCCUUCCAUUGCUAUGUUAUUGCUGUGUUAGGGUUUAACAUUAUCUUCUUCUUCAUUCUCGUUCUCUCCUUGGAACAAUGGCCGAUACGAGCUCCGUCGACGCCUCUCUGUGGUGGGACUCAUUCACUCUCUUCCUCACUGAGCUUGAAAAUUCCUCUUUGUCAUCAGAUCUCCCACCAAAUUUGGCGAAAAAGUUGAAGGACAACCAUGCUUGGUUCGUGGACACACUUUCGCGCUUCAAACCGCCCAAUCAGAAAUCCAAGGAAGCUUUGAAUUCGAAGAUGUUGAAAAUUGGAUCUUACCAGUUGACUAUUCAACCUCAUCUGAAAGAUAAAGCGUUGCGGAUUAGUUCCUGCCUGCUACUAGAUGAGGUUCAAUCAUACAUUCUUGUUGAAAGGUCCUUCAAAUAUAACAAUGCUGCUACUGAUUCCAUGGCUCCGGAGUUUCUUCACAUGAUGUUAAUUCAAUAUUACAAGGAGCGGCAGUGCUUGCUGAAGUGCAUCAGGUGGAUUCUCAUGCAUGCUAUACAUAUUGGUCCUAUGUCUGAAGACAAUAUUGUGAAGGAAGAGGCAAGGAAGCUGUUUCAUGAUGGACUGGAAAGUAAAUUAAUAUCAUUGUUUGACAAUCUUUUGUCUUGUAGUUAUCCAGAGCAAAUGGAUGUUGAUCUUUUUACUCUGUGGGCUGAGGAGACUCUAAUUGAAGACAACUUGGUUUUAGACAUCCUUUUCCUGGCAUAUUAUGACCCGUUUUGUACCUGUAGUGGUGAAAUAUGGAAGAAGUUUGGCACUCUUUACAAGGGGAUCUUAGCUUGUGAUUAUAACUUGGGAAAGCUGGCAAUUACUACAGAAGCACAACAGUUGUCUUAUCAUGCCAAAGUUCAGCUGCUGCUUAUUUUGAUAGAAACCCUGAACUUGGAGAAUGUUUUUCAAAUGGUUCAUGAUGAAAUACCUUACAGGAAAGGCGUGUCUACUUUUUCUGUGACUGAUGUCCUAGAGAUGGAUGCACUAAUUUCUACUUUCAAUGCUUUUGAAAUGAAUGAAGCUGGUCCUCUAGUUCUAGCAUGGGCAGUAUUUCUUUAUCUACUCUUGACACUUCCGGAGAAAGAUGAAAGCAAUGAGUUAAUGGAGAUUGAUCACAUUGGUUAUGUUCGUCAAGCCUUUGAGGCUGGAUCCUUGCAUUAUUGUCUUGAAAUUCUUCAAUGUGACAUUUUGAAGGAUUACGAUGGUCCAGUGUCUGGAUAUCGCAGUGUUUUGAGGACAUUCAUAUCUGCAUUUAUUGCAUCUUAUGAAAUCAAUCUUCAGCCAGAUGACAGCACCUCCACUUUGAUACUGGAUAUUCUUUGCAAGAUUUACCGUGGAGAGGAAUCACUUUGUAUUCAGUUUUGGGACAAGGAAAGCUUUAUUGAUGGUCCAAUUCGGUGUCUCUUAUGCAACCUAGAGAGUGAAUUCCCUUUCAGGACAGUUGAACUUGUACGACUCCUGUCAUCCCUUUGCGAUGGAACUUGGCCUGCAGAGUGUGUGUAUAACUUUCUAGAUAGGUCUGUUGGUAUGUCAUCCUUGUUCGACAUUAAUAGUGAUUCACAGGUAGCUGAUGUCUCUCAUGUAGUUGAGGCACCACAGGCAGUGCAAGUUCCUGGGGUUGAAGGUUUCUUUAUCCCAGCUGGAACUUGUGGGCGUGUCUUGAAAGUUGUUGGAGAGAAUACUGCCCUUGUACGAUGGGAGGAUUCACCCUCUGGAAUGUUUGUGUUGCUCCUACGUUUGGCUCAAGGGAUGUAUUUGAAUAGCAAGGAGGAAGUUGCUUUCACUCUUGACCUGCUUAGUAGAUUGGUGUCCUUUAACACCGGUGUUUGCUUUGCUGUUAUGGACAUUAGCAACUCUGUGCAACUUCAUGCUGUUGGCUUGAUGAAUGAGCAGGUUGAAAAGAAUGUCUGGGUGGUUGAGAUAAUUUGCAAUCUAGUAAAAAAUCUGUCUCUGAAUUCCUGUGGUGCUGCACUUAUGUCAAUGGGUGUCAAAAUCUUGGGGAUUAUGUUGAUUUGUUCUCCAUCUAAUGUUGCAGCAGUCACUCUAAAUGCAAAUCUAUUUGAUAUCUCUUUGCAGACAACUGUGUUCACUAUAGGCAGUAAUGGGUUGUCAAGUGGGUCAUGGUUGCUUUCUUGCAAACUGGCUAGGAUGCUUUUAAUUGACUGUGAGCAAAACAGUAAUGACUGCCCCUUGGCAAUAUCAGUACUGGACUUCACCAUACAGCUUGUAGAAACAGGAGUAGAGCAUGAUGCUCUCCUGGCAUUGAUCAUUUUCUCUUUGCAAUACGUUCUAGUUAAUCAUGAGUAUUGGAAGUACAAGACGAAGCAUAUUAGAUGGAAAAUAACAUUGAAGGUUCUUGAGUUGAUGAAAAAAUGCAUUGUAUCAAUGCCUUAUUAUGGAAAGUUGGGUGAGAUCAUACGCAAUGUGUUGUUCUCUGAUUCUUCCAUUCAUAACACGCUUUUCCAAAUUGUUUGCACUACUGCAAAUGCUCUAGAGAAAUUCCAUGUAAGCCGCUUCUUUGAUCCAAUGGAAAUUGAAGGGUUACAGCUUGCUGUAGGUUCUGUUUUAGAUAUUCUUUCAGUCAUGUUGACCAAACUUUCGAAGGAUACUUCAUCCAGCUUCCCUGUUUUUCUCCAAGCUGUGUUCUCAUGCACGACCAAACCAGUUCCUGUUGUCACUUCUGUUAUGUCCUUAAUUUCAUACUUCCGAGAUCCUGCCAUCCAAUUUGGUGCUGUCAGGUUUAUUUCAAUGUUAUUUGCCAUAGCAGAUUGUAUUCAACCAGUUGCAUCUGGAAUCACAUGCUAUGCUCCAGAUAAUGAGGAGAUAAUGGAUUUGAGGUACUCUCUGAGCUACAUAUUACUGGAGCAACCAAUAUCAAAUGAAGAUCUCUUUGUUGCAAUAGUUAAUCUGUUUAUCUCUGCUGCACAAUACCAACCUUCUUUUAUUGUUGCUAUCUUUGCUCCAGAGGAGAACAAUGAAGACCACUUGAGCAAUGGUGAUGCAAAGCUGAAAAAAAAUGAAACUCCUCUCGUACCAUUAACUUCUAAAAGAUCAAAUCUUGUAGAUGCCCUUAUGCACUAUAUUGAAAGGGCAGAUGUUCUUAUCAAGAGCAAUCCUCGCAUACUUCUUUGUGUACUUAACUUCAUGAUAGCCUUAUGGCAAGGGGCUCCCCAGUAUGCCAAUCUUUUGGAGUCUCUAAGAAGCCAUGGAGAGUUCUGGAAACACUUAGCCAAUGCAAUCUCAAAUAUUGCGAGCAGUGAAAUUCCCCUGCUCGAGAAUUUGAAAGAAGAAGAUGCUUUAAAUCUGGCAUACAGUUUUCAUUGUCAAUCUGCCAUACUAGGAAUCAUGGCAUAUGAAUUAUUCUUGCAGAAAAAGUUGUUGCAUGCAGAGUCUCUUGUUAAGGAUGCAGCUGAAUCUAAGGAUAAGGAGCAAAAGGCCACAAAAGCUGAAAAAUCUAAAGUCACAGAUCUUCAUGAUCUGAAGGAAAUCUUGUUCUCAUGGUUCAAAGACUCUGUUUUAGAAAAACUAAUCAAAUCAUAUGCUUCUUGUGGAUAUAAUAAUGAUAUAUAUUAUGGUGCAAAGGUUGCCACGGGAUUAUUCUCUGUUCAUGCGAUGAUGAAAUUAGCAGUUUGCGAUUCUGGAAGUUUAUCUGUAUUAUUGCUUCAGAAGAUUCAUGAAAUUCUGAUGAAGUUGAGCAUUCAUCCUGCUUUCACUGAGUUGCUAUCUCAGUAUUCACAACGUGGUUACAGUGAGGGGAAGGAGCUAAAGAAAUUGAUACUUAGUGAUCUCUAUUAUCAUUUGCAAGGAGAGCUUGAAGGGAGAAAAAUUGGGAUUGGACCAUUCAAAGAGUUAUCUGCGUAUCUUGUUGAGUCAAAUUUUUUGGGAAACUAUCAACAUCAGUUCAAUGAAGAUUCUUUUACAAAGAAUGUCUUUACAAAGAAUUUGUACUUGUUUGACCUUGAACACUUGCAAGCAGAUUUGAGAUUAGAUGUGUGGGAUUGUUCUAACUGGAGAGCAUCCAAGGAGAUUGCAGAGACCAUGUUGCGUUUCCUGCAAGAUGCAAACUCAGUGAUGUUGCUUUCAAGUUCAAAGCUUUCUGCAUUAAAAGGACUGAUAGCUGUGUUGGCUGUCUACCAUGAUGAUUCAAUAGGGAGGCCUACUACUGGACAGAAGAUCCCAGAUGAACUCAUAUUGACUUACAUAGAUAAUUUAUGCCAAUCUUUCCUUGCUACCAUUGAGACAUUGUCACCUGUUCUAGAUGCCUCUGAGGAUAUUCUCAAUUUUCUUGCAUGUCAUGUAGAAUUACUCCUCCAGUUGACAAAAACUGUCUGCAAAAGCCUCUCCUUACGUGUAUCUCUACUAGUUUUAAAAUGUGCAAGCUCAGGUCUUAAACUAUUGAGUGAACUUAAGCCGGUACCUUCUGAGGCUAAUGUGAUCAUGAAACUUCUACUCACAUUGCUGCUUUUGGUACUACAGUUCAACUCCCUCAAUGCACAUUCAGGUGGGGCAAUAGAUGAGAGUUCUGGUGAGGACUACUCAAAGGUUUCAAAUGCAACCCUAGGACUACUACCAAUUCUUUGCAACUGCAUUGCGACUUCUGAGCAUUGCAUGCUGUCCCUGUCAGUUAUGGAUUUGAUAUUGAGAAGUUUCUUGACGCCCAGGACUUGGUUGCCUUUGCUGCAGAAUCAUAUCCAACUUCCACUUGUUAUGCUUAAACUCCAUGAUAAAAAUUCCCCCUCCAUUCCAAUAAUAAUGAAGUUCUUUUUGACCCUUGCACGGGUUAGAGGAGGUGCGGAGAUGCUUUAUUCUUCUGGCUUCUUGUCAUCUAUGAGAGUGCUAUUUGCUGAAUCUGGUGAGGAUUUCUCAAGAAUUGGAAGUGAGAAUCUGGGCAGCUCAGGUGAAAUGUUCAAAACACCUCAAGACAUUUGGGGGCUUGGAUUAGCUGUGAUUACUGCUAUGGUUAAAUCCUUGGGAGACAAUUCUUAUGGCACUGCUGUUGUGGACAGCAUGAUACCAUACUUCUUUUCAGAGAAGGCUCAUCUUAUUUUUUAUUCUCUAAAUGCCCCCGACUUACCUUCUGACGAUCAUGACAAUAAAAGACCUCGGGCACAGAGGGCAUGGAUUUCUUUUUCUACCCUUAAAGAAACAGAACAUACUUUGAUGCUCAUGUGUGAGCUUGCAAAACAUUGGCAUUCAUGGAUUACGGCAAUAAGAAAUGUGGAUAAACAACUAAGAGAGAAGUGUAUCCAUCUUUUAGCCUUCAUUAGCAGGGGAACUCAACGCCUUGGUGAAUUGUCAAGCAGGAAUGCCCCUCUUUUGUGUCCACCUACUAUGAAAGAGGAUUUUGAAAUUUGCUUAAAACCUGCAUAUGUCAAUAGCAGAAAUGGAUGGUUUGCUCUUUCACCACUUGGAUGUGUGCCAAAACCAAAGAUAUCCUCUUUCUCAACUGCAUUAUCUAUCUAUGGUCAAGCAACUGAGAGUACUGAUCCUGUUCCAAAAACAUGCUUCUCUGACACUGUUGCUGUGCAGGUAUAUAGAAUAGCAUUUCUUCUUUUAAAGUUUCUCUGUUUACAAACUGAGGGUGCUGCUAAAAGGGCUGAGGAGGUUGGGUUUGUUGAUCUUGCACAUUUUCCUGAGCUUCCGAUGCCAGAAAUCUUGCAUGGACUGCAGGAUCAAGCGAUUGCCAUUAUUACGGAGCUCUGUCAAGCCAACAAAUUGAGGGUCUCCCCAGAAACACAGAAUGUUUGCCACUUAUUAUUGCAAAUACUUGAAAUGGCCUUGCACUUGGAACUUUGUGUUCUACAAAUUUGUGGCAUAAGACCUGUAUUAGGGCGGGUGGAGGAUUUUUCUAAGGAAGCCAAAUCUUUAUUUAGUGCAUUGGAGGGUCAUGCUUUGCUAAAAGCAUCCAGCAAGUCUCUAAAACAAAUGAUAUCAUGUGUCUAUCCUGGAUUGCUGGAAGCAGAGAAUUUCAUAUAAGAUCUGGCGUAGACAAAAAAGCACAAUAUUAAUUGUACAGAAUUUUAUAGUGACAAUUAGUCAGCUUUCUUCCUCCACUCUAUGUUGCUAGAUAUUUCUUCUGUUGAUAUAAUUGUGGAUUUUUUCCUGACCGUUCUUGAUGCUUCUUCGUAUUUAUAUCUAUCUUUUUUAGGAGAAAAGGUUGUCACCACUCAUCAGCGAGCGGAUAAUUCAUGGGUAGUAUGUUGCAUAGUUGUCGGUGGAAAAUGAAUUCUUUCAGGAGGGCCCUGCUCCGUGCCACGGUGAGUCGGUGACAGUGAUUAUGACCUACGUGUCUUGGUUCCCCUUGAGCAUGACCUAAUUCAAAAGGUAGAUAAGUUUGACCCAAUUUGUAAAGGAGGUCAAAUACUUGAUUUUAACCAUAGUUCAAAAUUAGUGGUCAAAGGACUUUCAUGCAAGUGGAAUCGUACUUAACUAGCCAUUUGGCAAAACCUAUAGGUCUAUUGUUGUUAUUUAAGAGUUGUGUAAAAUAGAGUAUAUCAGAUUAAUUUCUGUAAGUUUGGCUACUGAACCGACAUGGUAGGUGCAGUCGUUACUUAAAAAGUUAAAACGGUGAUUACCCCU